CUUCGUUCGAACAUCCUCGUUUCUUCUGUUCUCUCUCCUUCCUUUCUCUCAUUGACGUGGUCGCGAAGAUAGAGAGAAGAGAGAAGAGGGAGGGAGGGAGGGAGGGAACAGGGUAGCAAUGGAAGGUGUGGACUCCGGGAGUGGCGGCACGAGCAGGAGUCAGCGAAGAGUCGGGAUACUGUACGAUGAGAGAAUGUGCAGGCACCACACGCCUGACGACGAACCUCACCCUGAAAACCCUAAUCGCAUCAGAGCCAUCUGGAGCAAGCUCCAAAGCGCCGGCGUCGCUCAAAGGUGCGAGGUUUUGAAUGCCAAAGAAGCUGAAGAUAAAUAUAUAUUGUCAGUCCAUGGGAAAAGUCAUGUUGAUGUGAUUAGGAACAUUAGUUCCAAACAGUUUAACUCGCGCAGAAAUAGAAUAGCUUCAAAGUUCAAUUCGAUAUACCUGAAUGAAGGGUCAUCAGAAGCUGCUUAUCUUGCUGCUGGUUCUGUUGUGGAGGUCGCUAAAAGAGUUGCCAAAGGAGAAUUAGACUCUGCUUUCGCUAUUGUAAGGCCUCCUGGACACCAUGCUGAACAUGAUGAAGCCAUGGGAUUUUGUCUCUACAACAAUGUUGCUAUUGCUACGAAUUUUCUUUUAAGCGAGAAAGAAUUGAGCAUCAACAAAAUUUUGAUUGUUGACUGGGAUGUUCACCAUGGUAAUGGUACUCAGAAGUCAUUCUGGAAAGAUCCUCGAGUUCUGUUCUUCUCUGUCCAUAGGCAUGAGUUUGGGUCCUUUUAUCCAGCCAAUGAUGAUGGUGACUAUACAAUGAUUGGAGAAGGUCCCGGUGCUGGGUAUAAUAUAAAUGUCCCGUGGGAGAAUGGUCGGUGUGGAGAUGCAGACUAUCUAGCAGUAUGGGACCACAUCUUGAUCCCUGUUGCUAAGCAAUUUAAUCCCGACAUGAUACUAAUUUCUGCAGGUUUUGAUGCAGCUGUUGGUGAUCCCCUGGGAGGUUGUUGUGUCACUCCAUAUGGAUACGCGAUGAUGUUAAAGAAGUUAAUGGACUUUGCGCGAGGUAAGAUAGUAUUAGCAUUAGAAGGAGGAUACAAUCUCGCCUCAAUUUCAAAUUCGGCCCUUGCAUGCAUGGAAGUUUUGCUGGAUAAUAAAACCGUCACUGGUUCUACUGAAGCCUAUCCUUUUGAGUCCACAUGGCGAGUAAUACAAGCGGUCCGUCAAGAACUAAAAGCUUUCUGGUCAGUACUUGCUGAUGAAUUGCCAACCAAGUUAACAAGUCAAAAAGCACCCAUUCCGGUGAUGAAAAUUCUCAUUUCAGGCUCUGACUCUGAAGCUGAAGAUGUUGAGGAGCUUCUGCAGGAUGUCAUUCUACCGCUUUCAACUCUCAGGGUUGAUGUAGAUCAUCACGUUCUUGCAGAAUCUGCUUCUGUGUCCUGGAGAUCAGAUCUUACGAAAAUUGACAUCUGGUAUGCCACCUUUGGAUCAAAUAUGUGGAAGCCUAGAUUCCUCUGCUAUAUUGAAGGUGGACUGGUGGAUGGCAUGCAAAAGCCAUGUUCUGGCUCAAUGGACAAAAGCCUGCCUAAAGAGAUUUUGUGGAAGACCUUUCCUCAUCGAUUACUCUUCGGUAGGGAAUCCUCACGUACAUGGGGUUUGGGAGGAGUUGCUUUCCUUCAUCCUGAAAGCAAGAACGAGGAUAUCGUGCACAUGUGCCUGUAUAGGAUAACGUUAGAGCAGUUCAAUGAUGUCUUGCUUCAGGAAAAUGUUUCCAGCUAUGACAUGAGUUCUCCUUUGUUUGAUCUUACAUCUUUGGACUGCAUUAAAGAAAAAGGAUCCUUCAACUUGGAAGCUGUCAAGAAGGGUUGGUACCAUAACGUUGUUUACUUGGGAAUGCAGCAAGACAUCCCUAUACUGACAAUGACGUGCGAUACGUUGGUUAUCGAAAACUUCAGAUCAGGGAAGGUUCCUCUGCGCGCUCCGAGUGAAGACUAUGCCAACACGUUGGUAAGAGGCUUGGUAGAAGGAGGGCAGCUCUCAGAAGAGGAAGCCGUGUCCUACAUCAAGGAUGCUGCUACAAAACCAUUGUAGAAUGCAGACAUUACUUAUUUGCUCUCCACUUAUCGUGGAUAUUUACUCUUCUUUUUCAACCUUGCUAGAUUCUUUGGAGCAAGAGUGACUCCAAACAAAUAGCUUGGCCUCUUAGGUAGCACUUUCUAAUUAAAGGGGACUAAUGUAGGCUUUGUGUAUAAUCUCAUCAAGCUAGUUUCUCUUGUAUAUAAUCUUCCAUAAGCAUUGAUUCAUGGACUAUAUUUAUAGCUUGAGAGGUCUCUCAUGCAUUCUCAAGACUGUCUAAGGUCUAUUGCCCCUUCUGGUUGUCAUUUGGAAUUUGCUGCUUAUCUAUCUCCCCUCAGUGAAGGUAGUAAACUAGAGCCUCCAUUCUAUAUACGUACUCGCUGCCGACUAUGCAAUGUGAAGUGGACCAAUGGAAAAGGUUGAUUUUGUCAA